AUGAUGGCGUCUAAGAUCUUCCUCGUCCUCGCUCUCGUGGCGUUCGCCUCGGCCGACAAGAGGCCUUCCUUCUCCUAUGGCGUUCCUCAGCAGUCCAUGGAGGAGGACUCCAUGGAGGAGUCUGCUCCCCCGAAGUACGAGUUCCAGUUCGGCGUGAAGGACGGAGACUCGGGCGUGGACUUUGGCCACGGAGAGUCCCGCGACGAGGACGAGACUCGAGGCUCUUACACGGUGCAGCUUCCCGACGGCCGCCUGCAGAGGGUGACGUACCACGUGGACGGCGACGACGGCUACGUGGCCGACGUGACGUACGAGGGCGAGGCUCAGUUCCCGGAGUCCGAGGAGUCCCGAGAGGCUCCUGUGUACGCCCCGAGGCCCUCCUACGGGUACCCGCAAUGAGUCAAGCGUCAUCACUAAUUUAUUGAACAUUAUCGUGUGAUCUAGAAAAGAAAAGGUUGAUAAUAAUAUAUAGA